AAAGGACAAUAAUAAGGUAGAUACCCACCUUAGCCACGCUAACGCGAAAUGAUUGUCCGUUUGGGCUUGCCGUAGAAUGAAAUAUGUCAUAGGUCAAAGUUGAAAAUGUAGAAAACGGAAACAUCAUGGAGACUGAGGAGAGAAGAAGGAGCCAAGGCUCCGCUAAAACCUCUAAAAAAGGUGGGAAGCGCACCAAAGCACUGGCUGCUGAAGAAGAAGCAAGAAGGAGAGAGGUAGUGACGGAGAUGCUGAGGGAUAAGUUGGAGCUGGAGAAAAGAGCCCUGAAAAUAGUGGAGCGUCUCCUGGAGGACAGCGUGGCUGAAGACUUCCUGGUUGACUGCGCAAGGUUCAUCACUCCUGCUAAUUACAAAGAUGCUUUAGAGGAGAGAUCCAUCGCCAAACUGUGUAGUUAUCCCCUAUGUUCAAAUCAACUGGGCAAGAUUCCAACUCAAAAGUAUAGAAUUUCUACUAAGACCAAUAAGGUGUACGACAUCACAGAGCGCAAGUGUUUUUGUAGUAACUUCUGCUACAAAGCCUCCAAAGAGUUUGAGCUACAAAUCCCAAAUACACCUCUUUGGCUCAGGCAGCAUGAGAGUCCUCCAGAAAUUAAACUGAUGAAGAAAAGAGAUGGCGGGAGUUCUGGUGAGGAGAUUAAGCUGUUGGAGAGGCGUCUACAAGUGGAUGACAUUGAGGACCCCCUCGCCGCUCCACCCGAGGACCCUCCCAGCUCUCGGCAGGGUUCUGCCACAGACGGCCUCAGCCACAGUGAAAGCAGCGACGUUGAACAGGAGCAGGACUUUGUCUCCAGCGUGGUUUCCCAGCGUCAAGGACCCAGGGUGCACUGGGGCGACCUGCCUAAACGUACAGAUGGAGACCGGAAAGGGGAUCGAGGGAUGAUGGAGAGGCGAAAGAAACAGGGGAGGGUGGGAGGUGAAGAGGAGAUUGAGGGUCAGGCCGCAAAAACGGAGGGGAAAAAGAGAGAAGAUGAGAAUAGACAGGAGUCACUUUCUUGUAAAACAGAAGUCGGAACUGACGCUGAAAAACGGGUGACUUCAUCAAACACAGACGGACCUCGUGGAGAGCCGGUGUCAGACCAACCCAGUGUGGAAGAGACCACAGCUAAACUGAAUUUGUGCAGUUUAUCCGAGUCAGUCACUCAAACCGCUCCCCCGCCUGUCGACUCAACAGCCACACAAGCAGAACACACAGAUCUAAUCACUUCUCCUCCGUGUGACGACUCAAACAGCUCAACAGAAAGAAAACCUCUCCCUUCUUCAACCCUAAUCGAGACGAAUCAGGACGGCCACGACACGGCAGCGAGCAGCCAGCCAGGCCUCAACAUCACCCAAGUGGGUGUGAGCAAGAGAGGGGCAGCAGGGCUACAAGAUCUACUCAAGAGCCACGCUGCCGGAGCCAAACCCCAUUCCAUCCGGCUCAAUCUCCUCGAGUGCCUGAGAAGAACGUUAAAGGACUGGAGCACUGACAAGACCCUGGAGUUCCUGUACGGCGCCCACUAUUCCCCAGGCUCUCCUGUCGCCGACGUCAAAGAAGAAAAGGAGGCAGGGGAGGAAGACAAGGAGCUGGAUGAAGACGACUUAGAGGACGACGUGGCCAAUGAGGAUGCAGAAUGGGUUGGUGCCGGAGUGCAGAAGAGAGCGUCUGCCGCAGUUCCAGACUACCAGGCGCUGCGGCAGGAGACCCAGCAGCUGGAGCUGAAAGUCAGGGAGUUUUAUAAAGGGACCUGGAUUCUACCGGAGGGGGCAGAGGAGCUGCAUGGAAACCAGCAGGGGACAGUCCAGGACCAGAGCACAAAGGACCCAGCUCUGCCGCUCGUUGACUCUCAUGCUCAGCAUCUCAUCCAGAAACGCAUCGCAGUGGAGAAGCUCACCAGCUGUCUCAGAAACAUUGUCAGUCCUUUGAGUCUCACCAUCAGUGACUUCUCCACUGACCUGAACAACCUGGUUAAGACAUUCAGGUUCAGCAACACAAACAUCAUCCACAAAACUCCAGAGUGGACCCUCAUCGCCGUCGUGCUGCUCCAUCUGUUGUCCGAGGUGUCUCCGGUGGUGCGAGAAGCCCUGGAGACGCCAGCAUCAACCGAGUAUUUGAACACACUGAUGGAGGAGCUUGGUCUAAAGGAGCAGGACCUUCUGAAUGUAGUGCGGCUGUUUAAAGCCCCGGCACAAUGACACAAACACACACACACACAGAGACAUGGACGUAUGAAUACUAAAUAUACACUCAGGAUCACUGACUGAAUUAAAUAAAUAUGUGGGUAUCCGGCAUUUUCCAGAAAUAAAGUUGUAAUAACCUUUG